CAUCCCCUCCCAUCUCCACCAAGCUUGCUUGCUGAUCCUUUCCUGGAACUAAUGCUGAGACACUAAUGGUCAGCUAGUAUUUUUCUGGGUCUUGAGCAUGCGCCUAUGAUGGGAAUUGCGAGCUGUUUUUUUGAUAAUGUUUGAUGUGCAGGAGGAUUUAUGAUUGGAGGAGUUGUCUUUAUGACUUUAAUUUCGGCAGCAAGUGUGGAUGGUAGCAGAUAUAUAUCGGUAAUAGUUUAUGACACAAGGGAGCAGAAGCAUGUGGAUACUGAUUUAGCAACCUGAUUUUGAGUUUUCGAGUAAAACAAACUGAGGAACAUGAAGGAGGGUGGAGUACUUAGCAAGGUAAAAGAGAAUUUGCUGAUUGGAUCAGCUCAGGUUAGAUCUCGGAACAAGACGAUAAUUGGAAUUAUACGCAGAAUCUACAGAAAAAGGAAAUGGCGGAAUUGUUCAUUAAGCAGGCAGAACAAUAUGCAGAAGGUCGGCCAACUUACCCUCCUCAACUCUUCCAAUUCAUCGCCUCCAAAUCACCUUCACACGACCUCGCUUGGGACGCCGGUACCGGCAACGGCCAAGCUGCCCGAUCGUUGGCUGAAAUCUACAAGAACGUGAUCGCCACAGACACGAGUCCAAAGCAGCUAGAAGUGGCUCCAAAGCUACCUAACAUCAAAUACCAACAAACCCCUCCUGUCAUGUCCAUGGCGGAGCUCCAACAAAAAGUUGCAGCCGAGUCGAGCGUUGAUACCGUGACCGUAGCCCAAGCAAUGCACUGGUUCGACCUCCCCACAUUUUACAGCCAAGUGAAAUUUGUCUUGAAAAAACCCGAUGGAGUCAUUGCCGCCUGGUGCUACACCUUGCCGGAAGUAAACGACGUCGUAGAUCCUAUUCUGCGACGGUUCUACGCCGUCGAUGCGGGGAAGUACUGGGAACCUCCGCGAAAAAUGGUGGACGACAAGUACAUGAACAUCGAUUUCCCGUUUGAGCCGGUUGACGGGGAAGACAAAACGGGGCCGUUUGAGUUCAUGGCGGAGAGAUUAAUGGGCUUGGAUGAAAUUUUCACGUAUCUGAGGUCGUGGUCGGCGUAUCAGACGGCUAAGGAGAUGGGAGUGGAGCUUUUGACGGAUGAUUUGAUUGAGGAGUUUAAGCGCGGCUGGGGGAGGGAGAAGAAGCUGGUUAGAUUCCCGAUUUAUCUUAGGAUUGGUAAAGCGGGAAACUGAGAAGCAGCAAUAAAUUAAUUAAUAAAAUUAUAGGAUUAAUUAAUCUUAAUUACUUGAUUAAUAAGUUUACGAGUUAUUAAUCUUAAUUGCUGCUCUACAAUUCUGUUUUGUGUUUUGUGUAACGAACUUAAAUUAUUUUAAUAAAAUUAUGAAAGAACUUAAAUUAUUUUUUA